UGAAAAGGUUACGUAACCUUCAUCGUUAGCUGACCGUGGACAUUCUGAGUAAAUCGAAAGCUAGGGAAUCAGACCAGAAGCAGUCAUGGAGAUGCAGGAGAUUCCCUCAGAGGCCCCGAAAAGUAAUGAAGAGGAGGGAGCAGGUGAGCCGAUGCUGGAGGUGAUAACUCGAGAGGAAGCAGAACCAGACCAUUACGAAAAACUGCAAAGUCCAUCGGAGGAUUUUUACGCUACCGUUCCUACUCAAUCUACAGUCAAAUCAAGUGAAGGAAAAAAGGCAGAGGGAAACGCAGGGCUGUACCGCCUGCUGUGUUUAAUCCUCACAGUAGUCUGCCUCAUCCUCCUCAUACUGGUUCUCAUCCUCGGUGUGAAACUCCAAGCUGGAUCCCGAGUCUGCGCACCAAACGACAGAAGCGAAGACCGACUAAGUCCAUCUCCAACAUGUAGCUUGGAUGAAUGCCAGAGCCACUUCUCAAACUUUCCGGUCAAGCGUCCAGCUUGCCAGCAGUGCGCCAGAGGCUGGCUGACUUUUGGCAGAUCCUGUUUUUUCCUGUCCACCACCAGGCUGACGUGGCCUGAGAGUCAGAAGAACUGCAGCGCCAGUGGAGGAUCUCUGGCUGUUGUUACCAGCAAGAGUGUUCAGAGUUUUCUGACAAAGAAAGGGAAAAUGCUAUAUUGGAUUGGACUGAAACACGACAACUCCACCUGGAACUGGGUCAACCACAGUGAGCUGCUGCAGAGUUACUGGACGGAAGCGGCACAGAAAGGCGACUGCGCCUAUCUCAACAGCGGACACCCCGAAGAGAAGAACUGGGGCCGAGCUUCCUGUGAGGCCUCCGCCUACUUCAUCUGUCAGCUGCAGUUCUGAUGAAAACCGUGUUUCAUCAACAAUCCUCUCCUUAGUCAGUCAUAUCCAAGCUUCUUAGAUAAUAUAAAUAUGACAUGUGAGGAGUGAAUCUAAUGUAAGACAUCCUGUCAUAUUUACUGCUGCAUCGGCUUGUAUCGUUUGCACUUCAGUAGUUUGGUUUUUACCGGCUUUAAUCUGGAUAUUUUGAUACUUUAUGCUGUACAAUGAAUUUCCCGCAGACUCACAAAUAAAGGUCAGUAAGUUUUGUUUUAAUAAGAUUUUGUCAUCAUAUAAAAUUGUUCACCAA